AUGAUUACACUGUGCUUCCUGAUUACGGCCGUGAAUUUUGCCUCCGGUCGAGUGCUCAACAUUGGCCUGAUGUUUGUUGAUGGUAUCCCAGGCAUGGACAUUACCGUUGGUUACAGUUUUACCGUGCGGUUUGAUCAAUGUGUUGAAACAACAGCGGCAGGAAUUACGGUGGAGUUGAUUCGUGAUUUGAAUGUGGACGGCAUAUUUGGGCCUACAUGUAGUUAUCCUGCUAUCGCUUCAGCACUGAACGCUGCCUUCUACGAAAUCCCUUUAUUCACAUGGGGUUUGAGUAAUUCUGCUGCACUGGAUAGUAGGGACCGUUUUCCAACAACUGGAGUUCUGUCCGUCAAUACUCUG